AUGAGAGUCAACACACUCAUACUAUCCGCAACAUUAGCUGCUGCAGCCCCAGCUUCAAUUGAUAAUGCUGAAUUAUCUGCUGUUCUCAACUCUGCCCAAACUGAGGCUCAAACAGCCUCGAAUGCUGCUUUAGGGGGUGCUUUACAGAGUUCCAAUACAGGUUUGGGUGCAAAUACGGGCGCUGCAACAGGUACCGCCACUGCUGCUGGUUCCGCAAAAUCUUCCGACUCCAUUGGGAACUUGAUUGAUGGGUUAUAUGGAGGUCAAUCUGGUGGAAGUGGUCAAACGCAGGCUAGCACUACUCAACCAUCUUUAUUCGCGUCUGGUGCUUCAACUGGACAAGCUAAAACUACAUCAGGAUCAGGUGGAAAUUUACUUGGUGACCUUUUUGGAUCUGGAUCUGGCUCUGGCUCUGGCUCAGGUUCAACUGCUGGUGGUGUUGCCAGUAAAGCCCUUACUACGACAUCUACUGGUCAAUCAACGGCCACAACAGGGGGAUUUCUUGAUGGGUUGUUGGGAGGUAUCUUUGGGGGAGACUCUGGUGCUGCUACGGGUUCCACGACGACAAGCACCACCAGUGCACAAUCAACUUCAACUGGAAGUGACUCAUUAGGCAACUUGUUUGAUGAUUUCUUUGGAUCAAGCUCAGGAAACACCACCACAACUACAUCCACAUCACCGAAAUCAACUUCCACCGGUGGUUCUCUACUCGGUGAUAUCUUUAAUGAACUCUAUGGCACUGGCAGCAGCUACGGAUCCAACUCAUCAGGCUCAUCCACGCCUUCAUCCUCCUCCUCCAGUGGCGACUCAUUCAUUGACGACAUUCUUGACGCUAUCUUUGGUGAUUCAAAUUCCACUUCAUCGUCGUCCUACUCCUCCAGUUCCAGUUCAGGAAGUGGAGAUCUCAUUACUGAUCUCUUAGGACUUGGAGAGGACGUUUUUGGUGAGUUAUUUGGUAAUUCCAGUUCGUUCUCUGGACAAAGCAUCAUUGGUUCAUUGUUGGGUUUUGCUGGUGAGAUUUUUGAUGAUUUGUUUGAAAGCAAUUCUUCCAACUCUACUGGUUCAUCAGGUUCUUUCUUCAGUAGCUUGUUGAGCUCAUUAUUCGGUGGUUCGAGUAGCUCAUCAAGCAGCAGUGGAUCUUCAUUCAGCUUUUCCGAUUUACUUUCAGAUGUAUUCACAACGUUAUUCAGCUCCAUCUUUGGUGGAUCAAAUGGUGCUAGUAAAGGCCAAUGCACAGCAAAGAGAUCAUUGAAAAGAAGCUUGUCUGAACAACAGCAGAUCAAGAAGAUUGUUAGAAAGAGUGUCAACAGAGUCAUUGCCAGAAGAAAAGCAGAAUUUCAACAAAAAGCAAAGAGAGCAGAGACUUUGUCUGAUUUGCCUUAUGUCAACCUUAUGUAA